AUGAACACUGCAAUUCCUUUAUAUCAUCAUCAUCCAUACUCUGGUUACCGCUAUGAGAACACUGCCAGACUCUACUCGCAGUCAACUCCCCCUGAAGAGACAUUUGACGAUGAGGAUCAAAUUCCCUCUGUGGAUGAGUUCCGUGCCAUCAUUGACGACUAUCUAAACAAUCUUAGCCCAAAGAAGAGAGACAAAGCGUUGGUAGAUCAACAUCGCUACUGUCUAAUUCAACAAGUGUUGAGAGAUCCACGAAAUACAGCCAUUUCUACUGCUCAAUUUCGCUUUUGGGUCAAGAAGAUGUUUCAACUUCAGCCAGGAACAACUGAUCUGGUGUGUCAUGACAACAAGCCUGUUGCUAUGAAGGAGCAAAUUUAUGAUAUCUUGGUCAAAGCGCACAGAGAAGCACAUCACGGAGGUAGAGACAAGACUUCAGCAUUGGUAAGAAGACGGUUCUCGUGGAUUCCAAAGGAAUUGGUUGCUCGAUUUGUUCGUCAUUGUCCUUUUUGCAUCACUCGUCGUAACAGUGGUCAUAGUCCAAGCACUCUAAUGUCCAAGAACUCAAGCCCUCGCUCCAGCCGAUACGCAAGGCACGGAUGCCCAUUUGAUUCAAGCGUGCCUAACAUUUGUACACCUACAUCCAUCAAACAAGAAGACAGCGAUCUAUCAUCAGGCCCUCCUUCAUCUGACAGUGGUUAUGAAGCAACUCCCAAUUAUGUAACCAUAUCGACUUCUUCUUCGCCAAGAAGAUCCUAUUUCAGCUCCAUGUACGAUAGAGACGAACCAGACUUUUUGGAUUGUCCUUACGAUCCAGCCUCUUUUGCCAUGAAUAGCAGUUUCCGUACUUCUGGUACCAAUACAGCAGAUCAACGUCAACAACAGCACAAUGUGAUGCAUCCAUUGACCCAUCAUUCACACCCACAACCUCAAUCUCCUUUAUUUUACCAUCAAAAUUAUUCUGGAUAUUCAUUUUACAGCACAGGCUAUUAUCCUAAUGCAUUAGGCAUUACACCUUGCCAAGAAAGCGCGCCUACAACCACUUCUAAUUCCACAUCCACAUCUUCCUCUACGACUACCAACGCUGCUGCCGUUGCUGUUGCCGCCGCCUCUAGUACUGCUGCAGCAGCUGCCGCAGCUGUUGCCUUGAUGCGAUCACCGGGUGCCAAUACAACGGAUCUGCUAUCCCAUCAUCAUCAAGACCAGUACAGCACAACACAGCACCAUCAUUCCAGCAACACUCACCCUCAUCAUCAACAGCAUCACUCAUCCAAUGGCCAUUUUGCUCCGUAUCAACCAUUGAACAUGCCGGAGAAUGCAUUUAGUACCGAUAUCUAA